AAAUAAAAUAGGGAGUACUUGCUGAUAUCUUGGAACCAAUAAUGGGCAAAGGACUCAUACCUGCAGAUCUUGAUACUUGGAAGCAAAGGAGAAGAGUCAUUGCUCCUGGUUUUCAUGCUUCAUAUCUGGAAGCUAUGAUCAAAGUGUUCACAACUUGUUCAGAAAGAACAGUGUCAAAGUUCCAUAAACUUCUUGAAACAGCAGAAAGCAAUAAUGAAUGGAAGUCAAUUGAAUUGGAUCUCGAAGCAGAGUUUUCUAGUUUAGCUCUUGAUAUUAUUGGGCUUGGUGUUUUCAACUAUGACUUUGGUUCUGUCACUAAAGAGUCUCCUGUCAUAAAGGCAGUCUAUGGCACUCUUUUUGAAGCUGAGCAUAGAUCCACUUUCUACAUUCCAUAUUGGAAAAUUCCAUUGGCUAGCUGGAUAGUCCCAAGGCAAAGAAAGUUUCAGAGUGAUCUGAAGAUUAUUAACAGCUGCCUUGACGGGCUUAUCAGAAAUGCGAAAGAGAGCAGACAGGAAACAGAUGUUGAAAAACUGCAACAAAGGGACUACUUAAAUUUGAAGGAUGCAAGUCUUUUGCGUUUCCUAGUUGAUAUGCGUGGAGCUGAUGUUGAUGAUAGGCAGCUAAGGGAUGACUUAAUGACAAUGCUUAUUGCUGGUCAUGAGACCACAGCUGCAGUUCUGACAUGGGCAUGUUUCCUGCUAGCGCAAAAUACGAGUAAAAUGAAGAAGGCUCAAGCAGAGGUGGAUUCAGUGCUGGGCGAUGGAAGACCAACUCUUGAAUCACUUAAAAACCUGCAGUACAUUAGACUUAUUGUCAUAGAGGCUCUUCGACUGUAUCCCCAACCUCCUUUGCUGAUUAGACGCUCUCUCAAGUCAGAUGUGUUACCAGGAGGAUACAAAGGAGCUAAAGAUGGUUAUGCCAUUCCAGCUGGGACCGAUCUCUUCAUAUCUGUAUAUAACCUCCAUAGAUCUCCAUACUUUUGGGACUCUCCUCAUGAAUUCGAGCCAGAGAGAUUUUUGGUGCAAAGAAAGAAUGAAGAAAUUGAAGGAUGGGCUGGCUUUGAUCCAUCCCGAAGUCCUGGAGCCUUGUAUCCAAAUGAGAUUAUGUCAGAUUUUGCUUUCUUGCCGUUUGGUGGAGGACCUAGAAAAUGCGUUGGAGACCAAUUUGCUCUCAUGGAGUCCACUGUAGCUCUGGCUAUGUUGCUGCAAAAUUUUGAUGUGGAAUUAAAGGGGAAUCCUGAGUCGGUGGAACUAGUUACUGGGGCAACCAUCCACACAAAAAAUGGGUUGUGGUGCAGACUCAGGAAAAGAUCUCACUCGCAUCAUUGACAUUCUUUACGGUGAGCAUUAUUAUGAAUGUUGUUGUAUAUCAUUCUUCUUUCCUGUAUUAAAGAAAACGAAAACAUUUGCACUUAUACAGUUUAAAGAAUUCUCAAGUACCUUACCGCUUUGCCAUUGAACCUUUUUACGUAUAGCACAAAGAAAAACAGGAACAAUUCGUAGUUCAGUAAAAGAAACAGAGUGAUGCUCUGCAUUUACAAACCGACUCUUUUCUUUUUAAUUUUUAUAAAAUGUGAUCCCUUAUUUAAAUAUUUUUUAUUUAGUCAACAGUCUUGUAGCCUAAUGGCAUAAAUGCUCUCUUAUGAAUAGGAAGUUAUGGGUUUGAUUCUA